CAGGCUCUGGAAGUGAAUAGUCAUGACCGCUGAGCGAGCGUUUGUGUUCGAGGAUGAAGAUGAGCUGUUCAGCGUGAUGAAGGAUAUGGACUGUCUCUACUGUAGGAUUCCAGUCACUGCGUCUAAACAUCACCUCAAAAAGAAACAUCUCAGAUUCGCUAUUUAUUAUAAAGACUCUGGCAUUGGGAAGUUCUCCAUCCCCUGUUACUGCUCUGAUGGAGGCCAUGGCAGGAGUCACUGGCACUGCCCCAUGUGUCUAAAAAUACUGCACCGCACACAGAAUUACAAAAUCCACAUCACCAACCACGGUGUUGAGAUGACAGACAAAUCUUCAGCUGAGCUACAGCCUACAGCAGUCCCAUUAGAGAUCCCACGCACGGACAUCCAAGACAAGACACCAGGCAACAAGUUAGCGUGCCAGAAGUGUGGGACCAUCUUUACCACCACAUCAAAUUUGAGACGGCAUGAGAGGCUACAGCACGGCCAAGAACAGCAGCCCAUUUUAUGCAUAGAUCCCAAAAAUGCAAUCUAUGUCACACCCAAAUAUCUGCACGGACCCAGAGUGCCCAUUCAUAUCCGCAAAUCCUUCACCUUGCAGAUUCUGCUGUGUGAGCUGGAGGAAUGCUGGGAUUUCAUGAAAGCGCUGGCCCAGAGCGGGAAUCCUGGGAGGGAAUGCCGUCACCUCGUGAGAACGAAUUACGCUCAGCACUACGUCCCUCCUCCACCGCUGAGUGUCAUCUCUCUGGAGGAGAUGAGCCACAAACACCUCCUGUCUGCAUCCGAGAAACACGAGUGCCAGGAGAUGAACUCCAGGGCAGCUGUACAGGGGGUGGAUUGUGUCUACCCUGUUUUUUGGGGCGAGCAUGACCUUUCAGAGAGAUGUGUCUUCUUUUCUGUGUACACCGACCUUGAGGACAAAUGGUGUCAGUUUGGGAGGACACGGGUCUCGUUUGACACCAAGUGUGGCAGCUGGAAGUGUCUGUGUCAGCACAAAAGAAGCCGCUGCGUCCACAAGUGUUUGUCCAUGUGGUGGCUCUUCCAGGAGCAUCCUGAACUGUUGCAGAAGGCCCUAGAUGUCCACGCGGACAUGGAUGGAGAGGACGUGCUUUAA